AUGGGCUUUACAACGGGCUUUCUGGGCGGCGCAACACUAACCUAUUCCCUUCUGUACAUCUCUCUAUACAUCCACCGCGCAAACCGUAAUGUUCAACGCACCCUCUUGUCCCAACAAGCCACCCUGUUAAACUCCGUUGUUGAACCUGCACCCCCGUUGCCUGAGCCCCCGGCAUACGAAGUCCGUCGAGCCGGAUUAGUAGAAGAGCUCAAGGACAGGUGGAACAGAGAGGUGGAGAGGUUAGUGAAGAAUGUCGAGGAGACUGACUGGUCGGGCGUGCGGGAAGAGGUCGAAGAGAAGGUGGGCAAUGUCUGGGCGAGAAUGAGGAAAUCGCAGGCUGGCAAGGAGGUAGAGGACAAGGUGAAGGAGGUGGUGGAUGCGGGAAAGCAGAAAGUCAAGGAAGAGACGGCACAGGAACCGACGAGGCUGUUGGAAUUGAAAUGA